CUUCCUCUAUUGCUCUUUCACACACAGAACCAGGAAGUGACUCCUCAUUUCAGAGAAAACAAACCGUUCUCUUACUCUCUCGUUGUGAGUUCAGGAAAAUGGCGGAGGCCAGUAUUUCAGUAGCUCAGGACCAGUUCAUGUGUCCAGUGUGUCUGGAUCUCCUGAAGGAUGCGGUGACUAUCUCCUGUGGUCACAGUUUCUGUAAGGCGUGUAUUAAUGGCUGCUGGGAUCAGGAGGAUCAGAAGGGCGUCUACAGCUGUCCUCAGUGCAGAGACACUUUCACGACAAGGCCUGUUCUACGCAGAAACAACAUGCUGGAUGAAGUGGUGGAGAAACUGAAGAAGACUGAAGUCCAAGCUGCUUCUCCUGCUCACUGUUACGCUGGACCUGGAGAUGUGGAGUGUGAUUUCUGCACCGGGAGAAAACACAAAGCCGUCAAGUCCUGUCUGAUGUGUUUGGCUUCUUAUUGUGAAACUCAUCUGAAACCUCAUCUUGAAGUUCCUGCUUUGAAAAAACACACAUUAAUUGAAGCCUCAGCAAAACUCCAAGAGAAGAUCUGCUCUGAACAUGAUGAAGUGCUGAAAAUCUACUGUCGUACUGAUCAAAUAUGUAUUUGCUCUUUGUGCAUGUUGGAUAAACAUAAAGACCAUGACGCUGUUUCAGUUGCAGCAGAAAGAGCUGAGAAACAGAGUGAGUUAAAGGAGGAGCAGAUGAAAUCCCAGCAGAGAAUCCAGGAGAAGCAGAAGAAGGUGCAGGAGCUGAAACAGGCUGUGAACACUAUAAAGCUCAGUGCACAGACAGCAGUGGAGGACAGUGAGAGGAUCUUUACUGAGCUGAUCAGCUCCAUGGAGAAAAAGCGCUGGGAGGUGACGGAGCUGAUCAGAGAUCAGGAGAAGGCUGAACUGAGUCGAGCUGAACGACUCCUGGAGCAACUGGAGCAGGAGAUUGCUGAUCUUCAGAGGAGAGUCACUGAGCUGGAGCAGCUUUCACACACACACGAUCACAUCCAUUUCCUCCAGGUAACACUCACUGUUUUAGCUUCUGGACGUCGCUCUCCUCCAUGGGAAAGACCAUCAUUUCACACAUCCAGCAUCACUGUCCAUCAACAUCUCUCAUUUGAUGGAGUGAGGAAUUCUCUCUCAGAUCUGAAAAAGAGAGUCGAGGAAUUCUGUGAGGAGGAAUUCAACAAAAUCCCUCCACAUGCUGCAGCAGUUCAGAUCAUUUCAGAACCAGAACCACAGAGCAGAGAAGAGUUUCUGAAAUAUUUCUGUUAUCUGACUCUGGAUCCCAACACGGCACAUCGUCUCCUCAUUCUGUCUGAGAAGAACAGAGCGGUGAGAUGGAGUGAGAGAGAGCAGCGUUACUCUGAUCAUCCAGAGAGAUUUGAUUCCUGCUGUCAGGUGUUGUGUAAGGAGAGUGUGUGUGGACGCUGUUACUGGGAGGUGGAGUGGAGCGGUGCUGCUGUGGACAUAUCAGUCUCAUAUAAAGACAUCAGCAGGAAAGGACGGGGUAAUGAGUGUGGGUUUGGACACAACAAUCAGUCCUGGAGUCUGUGGUGUUAUUCUUCUUCUCUCUCUUUCUAUCACAACAGCAUUGAGACUGAUCUCAGAGUUCCAUCAGCCUCCAGAAUAGGAGUGUAUGUGGAUCACAGUGCAGGAACUCUGUCCUUCUACAGCGUCUCUGACACGAUGAAGCUCCUCCACAGAGUCCACACCACAUUCACUCAGACUCUAUACGCUGGGUUUGGGUUCUGGUUUUCUGGUUCUACAGUGAGAUUGUGUGAUCCAGAAUAAAAGUGUGUAGUGUUUUCUGUAAAAUUCCUGCACGUUGCCACGUUGUUGCUCAGUCGUCUGUUUCACUAGAACACAAUCCAGCUGCACAAAAACACUCAUUUUAAUAUUUAAAUUAAAACAGAUGAAUAAUUUAAAAUAAUUAAAAAGGAAAUGUUAAAAAUUAACUGUCAGACAAGAAACUCGUCAAAUUUAAAAAGAAAAUGAUCUCAUGACCUUCGCAUUAUAAAGUUGUUUGUGUCAUAUUAUUCCACAAGGUUAAGUACGCUCGCAUUUGUGGACAUAAAAUAAUUUUGGUGAAAUUGGGCAGCCUUGUCUGAGUCCACGUAAAAUCUUAAAUUUUGGUGUCAUUAAAGGGUUAAGGGAGAUAUAACUAUAAAUAUCAUUGUGAAAUGUUUUAAUAACCUUGCAGAGCCCUUUUCCAAAUCCAAGAGUUUUGAGUUUUAUAAACAUAAAAUCGUGCUCCACAGUGUCGAAUGCUUUGAAAAAGUCUAGAAAUAAAACAAGACUGAUUGAAUAAUCGAUUGGUAAUCAAUCAUAUCCAGAAUCAGUCAGACGUGGUUUUGAAUAUAUCUUCCCUUCAUGAAGGCUGAUUGAUAUUCGUCUACAAGUUUUACAAGUCCACGCUUUAGACGAUUAGCAGAUACUAAGGCAAGUAAUUUAUCAUCAUUGCAUAGUAAGGUUAUAGGUCUCCAAUUGUCUAGCACCAAGAAGUCUUUUUUGGGUUUUGGUAGCAAGGUUAUUAAGCCUGUCUUCAUAGUCAGGGAUAAACAUUCUUUGUGAAUGCAUUCUAAAAAUGCUCUAUAUAAAUUUUUUUUAAAUAUCCACCCAAAAGUAUUUUAAAAAUUCAGAUUUUAAGCCAUCGAUUCCUGGUGAUUUACCAUUUUUCAUUUGUUUUAAUGCAAUUUCAAUUUCUGUUAUAGUUCGUUCCUCAUCAAGUGUAUGUUUGUCUUCAUCCAGUUUUUUGAUGUCAUCAUUGAUGGGAUAAAAUAAGACUUGCAACACCAACCACCUGUACAGGAAGGUACAGAGCAGGCUGUACUUCCUGAGAAGGCUGCAGUCCUUUAACAUCUGCAGGAAACUCCUGUGGAUGUUCUCUCAGUCCGUGGUCGCCAGUGUCCUGUUUUACAUCGUGGUGUGCUGGGGGGCAGCACAUCCAAGAAGGACACAUCCAGGCUGGACAAACUGAUCAGGCGGGUCAGCAUGAAGCUGGACUCUCUGGUGACGGUGGCAGAGAAGAGGACUAUGGACAAAAUACUGAACAUCAUGGACGAUGCCAGUCACCCUCUGUACACCGUCAUAAGCAACCAGAGGAGCCUGUUCAGUGACAGAAUGCUCCUUCCCAAAUACAGGAUGAACAGACUCAAAAACUCCUUUGUUCCUCACACCAUCAGACUGUACAACUCCUCUCUGGGGGGGGAGGAGGGGUAACAGGAGGACAGAGGAUGGGAAGGAGCGGUAGCCUAGCCUGACAAAAAGCAAUACUGGACAAUGUGCAAUACCUCUUCUGCUGGACUUUUUUCAUAUCUUUUUUUUUUGUCUCAUCUCAUCUCAUUAUCUGUAGCCGCUAUAUCUUGUUCUACAGGGUCGCAGGCAAGCUGGAGCCUAUCCCAGCUGACUACGGGCGAAAGGCGGGGUACACCCUGGACAAGUCGCCAGGUCAUCACAGGGCUGACACAUAGACACAGACAACCAUUCACACUCACAUUCACACCUACGUACGGUCAAUUUAGAGUCACCAGUUAGCCUAACCUGCAUGUCUUUGGACUGUGGGGGAAACCGGAGCACCCGGAGGAAACCCACGCGGACACAGUGAGAACAUGCAAACUCCGCACAGAAAGGCCCUCGCCGGCCACGGAGCUCAAACCCGGACCUUCUUGCUGUGAGGCGACAGCGCUAACCACUACACCACCGUGCCGCCGUAAUGAUGGUACUGGAAUUUUAAUUUCCCUGAGGGAACCUCCCAAAGGGAUCAAUAAAGUUAUAUCUAAUCUAAUCUAAUCUAAUCUAAUCUAAUCAUCACUUCCUCAUGGUUUAUCUUAGUAACUGCUGCUGUUCCACACAAUCACCAGAAGAGGGAGCAAAAGAUUUUACAACCCCAAAUCAGAAAAAGAGCCCUGUGAUGACCUGGCGACUUGUCCAGGGCAUACCUGUCAACCCUCCCGUUUUUCCCUGGAAAUCCCUUAUUUUGACUUAUUUCCCGCUGUCUUCCCGUUUUUUUUAUUUUCCCGAAAAUAUCCCGUAUUUUCACAUUAUAUAAAAGUCCCGUAUUUUCACAAUAUAAAAAAGUCGGUAGGUCCAGAAUUCAUGACGCGCCUCUGACAGGAGUUUACAGCAGGAAGUCGGGCCAUGAAUUCGCGUCCCCGCCCUCUCCAGUACAGCAGGUGGCAGUCUAGUAAUUACACACUGAUUUUAAUUGCAUGUCUGUGAAGAAGACUGUCAGAACCAUAGCGCUAGUCUGACCAAGGUCACUGCUCGGAACUUCUCACAAAACUAAAAGAUGGUCGUAAUUCUUUCCUCAGGCAGGGCUUGAAGUGGGCCGGAACGCACCGGAACUGCGUUCCUACCACGUGCUCAGCAGGCCUGAGUAGGCCUGAUACACGCUUAACACACACACAAGCACACAUUAGCAACAGCGCUAAUCCUUUGUUCUAUCAGCAUUCCAAACUUUACAGCCCCCUCACACACACACACCCUUGCUCUCCCUCUCUUACACACACAUAGACUACCUCACGGUUUUCCAACUGAUUAUUAUUUUUAUCUUUGUUAUAAUAAAUUCAUUUAUUAAACAA